UCCUAGGCGAGACGUCAAAAACCUGUCAGUACUUGAGAACUGCUGGUAAAAGGUAGUUGAAGGGGCAUUUGAAGUGAAUGUGGUUUGGUUGAUUCAAUAUGAAAAACCCAUCUGAACGCACAUUGGUUGUCAUCGGCAACCCUGGGGCUAUAUCAUGGGCUGCCCUGGAAGGAGGCGAAGAGAAGCCCCUGGGGACCACCAGACUCUGGGUUACUACAGGCACCAUCUCAGGACGCCCCCUCUCUGUGGUAAACAUGCCUGGUGCAGUAACCACCACCCAGAGCCAGGGGGCGCUACAGGACUGGGCUAUGGAGUGUCUGUCCCUGUCUGAGUGUUCCAAGGGGAUCCACUCUUUUCUCCUGGUGGCGCCGUUGGGUCGUCUCACAGAGCAGGAGAGAAGAGGGGCUCAAUGCAUCCGAAGGAUGUUCGGAGAGAAGGCCCAUGGCUUCACUCAGGUCCUCUUUACCUACGAGCUGGAGCAGAAGGAUAGUCUUGAGGAUCUACUGAAGGAGAGAGAGGCCCAGAGGCUGGUUGAGGAGUGCGGGGGACGUUUUCACGUCUGCCCAAAGAGCAUUGGUGAAGAGCUGGAAGUCACAGGGUUACUGGGAAAGGUCGACUCCAUUUUGGAUCAGGGAACAGACCCCUGCUACACCGUGGAGAUGCACCAAGAAGCUCAACCGCUAUUGGUGGAGUUUAGGGAGCAGCUUAAGGGCCUAUUGGAUGGCUUUAUCAGACUUAAGGAAAGGAUCAAUGAAAGGGAGAGAAUGCAAGUGAAUGUGGAGAAUUUGGAACACAGGAUCUUCAGAGAGAAGCUAGCGAGGCUUCAAGAUGAGCUCUUGUUGAAGCAGAUGGAGAAAGAAAGAGACAGUGGCAUGGAGGUAGAGGCACUGAGCUUUAUAUAUGAGUUGGACAGGUUAGUUGACAAGCUUGCCCUAAAAAGAGUGAGAGCAGUCGAGGAGGACCAUAAGAGCAGAGAGGGCGUGCAGAGGUUUAGGGAGGAGUUGGGGAGGAUGGUGGAUGAAAUGGUUACCAAUCAGAAACACAAGCAUAGACAGAUGUGUCGGGAGAAGGGAGAAGAAGAGUGGGAGCUUCAGAACUUCAGGGAACAGCUAGAAAGACUGAAAAACAACAUGAAAAAGACAGAGAAGAGAGGGAACAGGAAAGAGAAGGAAGGAGUUUGUGAAGGGAACAGGAAAGAGAAGGAAGGAGUUUGUGAAGGGGACAGGAAAGAGAAGGGAGGGAAGGAGUUUGUGAAGGGGGCAGGAAAGAGAAGGGAGGGAAGGAGUUUGUGA